CUAUAAGCAGCCAUCCACACACACACACUGACACACACAAAGCCAUUAGCCAUGUCGUUCAACAAAAACCUAGCAGUGGUCGUUGGCUUCACCUUGGCUCUGCUCAUCGCGUCGAACGGUGAAGAAACUUCCUCGUAUGGCGGAUCAGCGCUGUGCGAUUCAACGACGGGGGUCGCCUGCGCAUCCGACGCGGUCUGCGUGACCAUCUGCAAGCGAAGGGCUGGACAGAACUACGUCUACGGCCACUGCUACAAGGAGCCUAGCGGCGGCCGUUCGUGCUUGUGCACCGUACGGUGUGAUCCACGGUCGGCGGCGGCGCCGGCGCCGGCGCCGGCGCCGGCUUGGCGCGGGAUCGGAAUGCUAGGCUGAUUCUUUUUUAUUCGCUAAUUACGUGGAUCUGCGGAUCUGCACAUAAACCAGGACGCCUUUGAAAUAAUCGGCAUGCCAUGCUGCUGGUUUGCUGGAUC